AUUACGACGACGGAGCCAGUGAAUGCCACCUAAGAAGGUGACUUUGCCAGCGUUCACGAAGAUGGAAGCUAGGGUCGAAGCUUUAGAGAGUGAGAUCUCAGAGGUACGAUCAACUCUGGUUGAUGUGCAGAAUUCGGUGAAGACGAACCACGUGAACUUGAUAAUGAUGUUGGAAAAAUGCUUGGGUAAGUCGUUGAUAAUUGAUGAAGAAAGCUCUAUCAAAGGCUCACCGACGAGACCAGAUGUGUCGGAGAAGAAGUCAAGUGCAGUCGUCAACAGCCUUCGUGGAGAUACAUUGACGGAGUUUCGUCAAUCCGUUAAGAAGGUGGAGCUACCGGCGUUCUCCGACGACGAUCCGGCUGGAUGGAUAUCUAGAGCAGAGAUCUAUUUUCGUGUUCAAGACACAAGUGCCACCGUGAAAGUGGGGUUGGUGCAGUUGAGCAUGGAGGGGCCAACCAUCCAUUUCUUCAACUCGGUGUUGGAAGAAAACCCAGAUCUGACAUGGGAGGAGCUCAAGGUGGAGCUACUAGAGAGGUAUGCAGGUUUGGGGGAAGGAGACGUUUAUGAGCAACUUACAGAAAUUCGUCAAAAGGGUACUGUGGAAGAUUAUAUCCAAGAACUUGAGUGUUUGACGACUCAAAUUCCAAGGUUGCCUGACAAACAAUACCUGGGGUAUUUUUUGCACGGAUUGAAGGACGAAAUCAGAGGUGGGGUUCGGAGUUUUGUGGCGAUGGGACCACUUACGAGGAGUAAAUUAUUUCACGUCACCAGAGCAGUGGAAAGGGAGAUGAAUACUGGGUCGGGGUGGAACCGAUGUCCGAAAAUAGGUGGGUCAAACCGGGUUAACCCGGGGAGACAGGGAGGUACGGAUUGGGUUUUUGUAAAAGGAGGCCAGAAUAGUGGAAAUCAUAAUGGGGUUGGGCCUAGAGGGGUUAGUGGCCCAACUCGUGAAUCCAAACAUGACUCUGCAGAUUGGAGAAAAGGGGGUCCGCGUGAGAAGGGAUUUACCCAUUUGUCUUAUCAAGAACUCAUGGAUAGGAAGAAAAAGGGUUUGUGUUACAAAUGUGGAGGCCCGUUUCAUCCUCUCCAUCAAUGCCCAGAGAAGCAGCUCCGGGUCAUGAUUGUGGACGAGGAGGAAGGUGGAGAUGUUGACGGGAAUUUGCUGGCGGUAGAGGUGGACGAAUCUGAGGAGGAGAAUGGCGGUGAAAUGAGUAUUAUGAGUCUCUUUGAACUAGAAAAGUCCCAGCAUUACAAGGUUCAAACACUCAAACUCAGAGCAACAAUCAAUGGCGUACCGGUGGUGGUGUUAGUUGACAGUGGGGCUACGCAUAAUUUCAUUGCGAGGUCCAUGGUUCAGAAGUUAGGAUGGCAAGUAGAGACCACACCAGAUUUUAGAAUCAAGUUAGGUGAUGGGUUCCAAACCAUUACCAGAGGAAAAUGCAAUCAAGUUCUAUUCAAAACUGGAGAAGUCACUUGUGAAAUCAAGGCUUAUCUGUUUGAUUUAGAUGGGGUGGAUGUAGUUGUGGGUAUGUCAUGGUUGAAAUCUUUGGGAGAUAUGAUAGUUAAUUGGAAGAAGCAAACAAUGGAGUUUUGGCAUGAGGGGAAGUGGGUAAUGUUGAGAGGGAUAGAAGGUACAUCUGAAGCAAUUUCGGCAUUGCAAAGCAUCAUCGGGAAGGCUAGCAAAGGGUAUGGCAAUAAAGGAUGGUCCCUAGAUGCAAAAUUGAGCACCACUGAAGGGCAAACAGAAGCAGUGUUAGGGCAAUCUGAUAUGCAGGGAGUAUUGAAGUCAUUUGAAGAUGUGUUCCAAGAACCUAAGGGUCUUCCUCCACGUCGUUCAAGGGACCAUGCUAUAAAUUUAUUAUCUAGGCAAGGCGCAGUCAAUGUCAGACCAUACAGGUACCCACACCACCAGAAAAAUGAAAUAGAAAAACAAAUUAAGGAGAUGUUAAAGGUGGGAAUUAUUCAACACAGCUGCAGCGCGUUUUCGAGUCCUGUUAUACUGGUGAAGAAGAAGGACGGGACAUGGUGGAUGUGUGUUGAUUAUCGAGCUCUUAACAAGGUCACUGUGCCCGACAAGUUUCCGAUACCGGUGAUAGAUGAGUUACUCGAUGAGUUACAUGGAGCUCAAUAUUUCACCAAGCUUGAUUUGAAGUCUGGGUACCAUCAAGUGAGGGUGAAAUCGGAGGAUGUUCACAAGACGGCUUUCCGUACUCAUGACGGCCAUUAUGAAUACCUUGUGAUGCCGUUUGGAUUGAUGAACGCUCCGUCCACAUUCCAAUCCUUGAUGAACGAGGUGUCCAGGCCGUUGUUGAGGAAGUUUGUGUUAGUUUUUUUCGACGACAUACUCAUUUACAGUAAAUCGUGGCAGGCGCAUAUCCUUGAAGUAACCGAAGUGUUGCAGAUUUUGAGGAGACACAAACUGGUUGCUAAUAGGAAAAAGUGUCAAUUUGGCCAAAAGACUGUUGAGUAUCUCGGUCAUUUGAUCACGGGAAAUGGUGUAGCAGUAGAUCCCACAAAGGUGCAAAGUGUAAUUCAAUGGCCUAUACCUAAGAAUGCUAAAGGGGUGAGGGGAUUUCUUGGCCUUACGGGCUACUAUCGCAAGUUUAUAAAAGAUUAUGGGAAGGUUGCCAAGCCAUUGACAGAGUUGACAAAGAAGGAGGGGUUCAAAUGGGGGCCUCUAGCUCAAAAGGCUUUUGAAGUAUUAAAGCAGAAGUUGACAACAGUCCCGGUACUUGCCUUGCCUGAUUUUGAAAAGGAGUUCACGGUGGAAUGUGAUGCAUCCGGAGUGGGUUUAGGUGCGAUCUUAAUGCAAGAGAGGAAGCCCAUUGCUUUCUUUAACAAAGCCUUAGGAGGAAAGAAUUUGGCGAAAUCUGCAUAUGAAAGGGAAUUAAUGGCAGUAGCUUUGGCGGUGCAACAUUGGCGUCCUUAUUUGUUGGGCAGACAUUUCACUGUGGCAACAGAUCAAAAGAGUUUGAAGCAAUUAUGGCAACAGAAGAUUACGACCCCGGAUCAGCAGAAUUGGGCCACUAAAUUGCUCGGUUAUCAGUUAUAUAUCAUAUAUAAAUUGGGAGUGGAGAAUAGAGGGGCAGAUGCUCUUUCCCGGUUACCCGAAGGUGAAUUAGCAGCUCUGGUUUCGUAUCCAAUAUGGGAGGAAGGAAAUGUGAUACAUGACGAAAUCCACAAGGAUAAGGUUUUGCUAAAAAUCAUAGAUGACUUGGACGAGAAACCAGAUUCAAGGCCAGGAUUUAAGUACAAACAGGAGGUGUUAUUUUAUGAGGAUCGUUUAGUGUUGUCGGCACAAUCUUCAUUGAUUCCCAAGAUGUUGGCUGAAUUUCAUGUUACUCUGGAAGGUGGGCAUUCCGGGUUUUAUCGCACCUACAGACGUUUAGCUGCUAAUGUAUAUUGGAUAGGGAUGAAAGCAAGGGUGCAAGCUUAUGAAGGCUUGUGAUGUUUGUCAGCG